ACCUCCUCUUGUUCAGCACCCAAAGUCGAAGGAUAGCUCUGGCCUUUCAAUUGAAGAAAGUGCUAGAUUUGUCAGUGUUGAAUAAUAUAACCAAUACUACCGCGUCCGUAUUUGCUUUGGAACGAUCGGAAUAGUCUUAAUUUUAUGUGAGAGACAGAACUGGCGUCAAACAUGCGUAAAAAUCAACGCUGUCCAAGCAGGGAACCACCGAGAAAGGAAUUAUCGCCGCUCAUCUGAGGCCAUUCUCGUUUAUUUUUGUCAAAUAAGGAAACAUAACACAGCUAGCCAGCUAACGUUAGCCCCGUAGAUAGCUAGGUUACCGACUUGUCUUCACACAAAAGCAGAAUACAGCCGAUACUCAAGAUUGGAUCUACAUUCGCAACAGCAGGAAAACCUGUAGGCAGCAAUGGGUGCAUUCCUGGACAAGCCGAAGACGGAGAAGCAUAGUGCCCACGGCGAGGGCAAUGGGCUGCGCUACGGCCUGAGCUCCAUGCAGGGCUGGCGGGUGGAGAUGGAGGACGCCCACACGGCCGCGGUGGGCCUCCCCCACGGACUCACCGACUGGUCCUUCUUUGCUGUCUACGAUGGCCACGCCGGCUCCCGGGUGGCCAACUACUGCUCCGGCCACUUGCUGGAACACAUCUUGUCGGGCGGGGCCGACUUCAGUUCAGGAUCCGGCUGCGUGGAGGGAGUGAAGGACGGCAUCCGCUCGGGCUUUCUGAACAUUGACGAGUACAUGCGCAGCUUCGCCGACCUGCGGCAGGGCCUGGACCGCAGCGGGUCGACGGCCGUGUGCGUGCUGCUCAGCCCGAGCCACCUCUACUUCAUUAACUGCGGCGACUCGCGGGCCGUGCUGAGUCGAGACGGCAAGGUGGGCUUCUCCACCCAGGACCACAAGCCCUGCAACCCCCGCGAGAAGGAGCGCAUCCAAAACGCCGGCGGCUCGGUCAUGAUCCAGAGGGUAAACGGCUCCUUGGCCGUGUCCCGGGCCCUUGGGGACUACGACUACAAAUGUGUGGACGGUAAGGGCCCCACGGAGCAGCUGGUGAGCCCCGAGCCCGAGGUGUGUGUGUUGGAGCGGGCGGCCGAAGGAGACGAGUUCGUGGUGCUGGCGUGUGAUGGAAUCUGGGACGUCAUGUCCAACGAGGAGCUGUGUGAUUUUGUCCGCUCGCGGCUGCUGGUGUGCGACGUCCUGGAGAAGGUGUGUAACGCGGUGGUGGACACCUGUCUGCAUAAGGGGAGCAGGGAUAACAUGAGUGUGGUGUUGGUGUGUUUACCCGGAGCACCGAAGAUCUCAGAGGAGGCUGUGAAGAAAGAAGAGGAAUUGGAUAAGUACCUGGAGACCCGUGUGGAGGAGCUACUGGGGAACUGUGGGGAGGCGGGAGUCCCUGACCUGGUGUCUGUCCUGAGGAGCAUUGCCACAGAGAACAUCCCCAACCUUCCACCUGGCGGAGGCCUGGCCAGCAAACGGAGCGUGAUCGAAGCCGUGUACAACAAGCUGAAUCCUCACAGAGAAGAGGAAGGGAGUGCCGGUGAGUUGGAAGACCCCUGGUAGCCGUGGCAACAACUUCUGUCUCCUCCUGGUGGUCGGUGCAUCUGCCCAGAGGAGGAGUGUCUCUCCAUUGCGCCAUGUCUUUCUCCACUAGAAGAGGACGCGUGUGUGUGUUUGAGUGCGUGUGUGUGCGUAUGUUGGGUGUGUGUGUGUGUUUGUUUGCAGCAGUGGGACAAAAAACAACAACGACAUCAAGUACACACACACACACACACACACACACACGCAUACUGCUUUAAACCUGGAGAUAAAUGAAAAUCACCUUUCAGAAAUGUCAAGGUUUUAUGAACUGAAGCAUUGUGAUGGUAGAAAUGAUUUUCACCAUCUAGGUGUUUUUUUUUUCUUUCUUUUUUUUCUUGAAUGUUGACAACGAACACAUGACUUCACAAUGACAUAAGGACCUAUAGUGUGUGUGUGUGUGCGCAAGAGAGAGUUAGUGUGUGCGAGUGUUUAGAUGAGGGCCAAGAGAAGACGGACGGUGGAUAAAGACUUUCUAUGUAAUUCUUCUCCUGGGCUUUUCUGUGUUCCUGGGUCUGAUAACACCUUGUCUUCUCCCCUCUAAAAAACAAAAAAACCUCUCUCUGACACACAAACACACUAUUUAAAAAAAAAACGUAAACACCCUUCCCUCUCCCCAACCCCCCCACCCCCCCCUUGUCCACCUGUGCACGUAUGUGCCACCGUGGAAGGGCACCGCGUGAGGUGCACGAGGGCUUUGGUUGCCACAUGUACAGCCAUCGGUAGAGGCUGACUGAACCCUGACGAACCUCUGCAUUCUGAUUGGCUCCUGCUGUGUGAGAAGUGGAAAUGAUUUGAAUCCUUUUUUGUUUUUUUGUCGUUGUUGUUGUUGAUACUAUUAGGAUGGUAACGAUGAUAAUCAUGAUGGGGGAAAAUGGGAGGUUAUCUAGUUCACUGAAGAGCCAGAUGCUAGUGGGACUCAUGGAAGGGGGGGGUGGGUUAAACGGGCUUCCCCAGCUCCCUCUCCACCACCAUGGUGGGAAGUACACAUGAGGGUGGAUUGUCCUGCCAGGUCAUUUUUAUUUCAAUUUUUUUUUUUUUUUUAAAUGUUGUCCAUGAGGUUACUAGCUGCUGGCUACGUAGAGUGAGUGAACUCCCUGUUUUAACCCACUUCCUGGUUCUCAGACUGCAUCGGUAAUGUUUGUAUUGCUGUUGUUUGAUUGCACUCACAUUUGAUUACAGAAAGCGUCUAUAUAUGAAAUAAAAUACCUGCCAAGGA